GAUUUCUCCUCCAGCAAAUCGGCUGAGAACGCAAAACGCAGCGACGCAGACAGUCGGUUUCGUACCUUUACCGAGGAAGGUUGUUACAGAGUGCGACCGAAAACCGGUUUCGACGAACUAUUUGUGCGCUUCUGGUACUACUUGGGUCUUUUCACGGGCACGAUCCGAAAAAGGGCCGACGGAACAUCACAAUCCAACCGGCGAGAGGGUUUUUUCUUCCUCGAUAAUGGUCGAUCGGUUUUUUUUCAGGUAGAUAUGAAAUGUGAACCAAACAACCCAGAAAUCUAAGAAUGCGACCACUCCACCCAAUUCCGAAAUAGAAGUGAACCGAGCAGGGUAAAAUGCCAUCGGUCACUCUCAAAACCAUAACUACCAAAGCAUUCUGCCUCCUCCUCUUGGCAACCUACACCAGCUGUGAUAACAACAUCCACAAACACCAAAAACCGAGUAGAUCGCAAGAUCACCACCAUCUACCUUUGGUCAUGCGCAAUGGAAAGAAGCCCAACAUCGUUUUGUUUCUGACAGAUGACCAGGACGUGGAACUGGGGUCGCUCAACUUCAUGCCCAAGACUUUGAGGAGUAUCAGGGACCACGGGGCGGAGUUUAGGCACGCCUACGUCACUACGCCCAUGUGCUGCCCUUCUAGAAGUUCGAUUUUGACGGGGAUGUACGUGCACAAUCAUCAGGUGUACACCAACAACGAUAAUUGUUCCAGCACGCAGUGGCAAGCGACUCACGAGAAAAGGAGUUUCGCGACGUACCUGUCGAAUGCCGGCUACAGAACAGGAUAUUUUGGGAAAUAUUUAAACAAAUACAACGGAACCUAUAUACCACCAGGUUGGCGAGAAUGGGGUGGACUGAUUAUGAAUUCAAAAUAUUACAAUUAUUCGAUAAAUAUGAAUGGGAAAAAGAUCAAGCACGGCUUCGAAUAUGACAAGGACUACUACACGGAUUUAAUUGCUAACGAUUCCAUCACGUUUUUGAGAAAUUCGAAAAAGCAAUUCCCUAAUAAGCCACUUAUGCUAACCAUGGCCUUUCCAGCACCUCACGGUCCCGAGGACUCUGCUCCGCAAUAUUCCAGUUUGUUUUUCAACAUUUCCACGCACCACACUCCUUCGUAUGAUCACGCUCCAAAUCCCGACAAACAAUGGAUUCUUCAAGUGACAAAGAAAAUGGAACCGGUACAUCGCCAAUUCACUGAUCUGCUAAUGACAAAAAGAUUGCAAACGUUGCAAUCCGUUGAUACUGCCGUAGAACAAGUUGUCAACGAGUUGAAACAAUUGGGUGAACUGGACAACACGUACAUUAUUUACACUAGCGACCACGGAUAUCAUCUAGGGCAAUUUGGUUUAAUAAAGGGUAAAAGCUUUCCGUUUGAGUUCGAUGUUCGGGUACCAUUUCUAAUUCGAGGUCCCGGUAUUACUCCUGGUUCCACGUUGAACGAAAUAGUACUAAACAUAGACCUAGCUCCUACGUUUUUGGACAUGGCCGGCGUAGAACCGCCUGUUCACAUGGACGGCCAUUCCAUCAUGCCUUUGUUCCUCACGCCAAAGAAAAAGAAGAAAAUUAAAUGGCCAGACACGUUUUUAAUAGAGAGUUCAGGUCGUAGAGAAACGCCUUAUCUCGACAACAAACAACAACAAUCCAGUCUUUUACAAUAUUCUCUACCGUUGGAACAAAUAGCUCCAAAAUUUAACGUAUCAAAUAUGUACAAAGCUGGACAAAUUAAUGAAUUUUCUAAUGGGAGCAACAAUACGGAAAACUUUGAGAAUGGCACUAACUCAAUUAAUUCGUCGAAAAUUGACGAUUUUAAUGGUGAAAUCGAUAUGAAUAUCACUACCAGCACUACAGAAUCAAAUGAAGGAGAUAUCAGAAUAAAGAACAGCGUUGAUUUACCACAAAAAGCAGGAAAAUGUUUGUUCGACACGAAAUUACUUUGUCGUAAUGGUUUGAAACGGAAUUGUCAUAUUAACAAGAACAAACUGGCAAAGCGCCGGUGUCAACAAAACCUUAACCACGUGGUGCCGACUAACAGAGAAGACAAGAAAUGUUUUUGUUUUACUUCGAAUGGACUUGUAUAUAGAACAUCGUCGGAAAUCGAUCAUCGAUCCAGAAAUGGAUUGAAUCAUCGGCCGUUUAAAAGAACAAAACAGUAUCAAUUAGCCGAUCGUGUUCUGUUAAAAAAAUUAAAGAGAAAAACUCGAAUUCGCUUGAAUCGAGGCAAGAGAAAUUCGUACUUAAAUGUCUCGAACAGCGUGGGAGAAUUUUCAAAUAGAAUUCAGGAUUUAACGGAGCUUAAUAAAUCGCACGAUAAUACCAGCCAAAGCACCGAAACCAACGAGGUUGCCAAGAUUUUACCGGAAUGUACGAUCAGUAAAGGCCGGGUAAACUGCUCAAACGCCCUCUACCAGGACAAAAGGACUUGGCAAAAGUCCCGCUACCAAAUCGAGGGCGAAAUAUUCUCGCUCAAACAGAAACUGGAAAACUUAAAGGAAAUCAAGAAGCAUUUAAAAUUUACCAAGCCUAGAACAAACGAUUACAAAACAGAUUCGUACAAUACAAACAUUAAGAGAACCCUUAGCAAUAAACCGUACAAGGAAAGUCCGAUAACUGGUCACAAAAGAACGCCUAACUCGCAGAAAGAAAAUGGACAAGAGAAUAACGUGUUUGACCAGCAAGAAGCUAGUAAAAAUCAUAAUCACAGGCAUCACCAUGACCUUCCAUCUACAGAGGGCAAUUCUUCUGAUAAUAAAGAGAGAGUAAAUAGGUUUGAUAACUACAAGAGAUCUCUAAGUCAACAGGACUCAAACUCCACUCAUUUCCCAUCAAAAAAACACAAAUACCGGGAAAAUUGUUACUGUGAGGACGAUGACGAGUAUAACAUGAACAAAACGGAAGAAACGAUGGCUCAGCAAACCAGGGAGGACAAAAGGAGGCUGAGGAAGCAGAAGAGGAAGGAGGAGGAGUGCCAUAUAGAGAGGAUGACUUGUUUCGAGCACAAUAACGACCAUUGGCGUACGGAACCGAAGUGGGAAGCUGGGCCUUUCUGUUUCUGCAUGAACGCGAACAACAAUACGUAUUCUUGCCUCAGAACGAUAAAUAACACACACAAUUUCCUCUAUUGUGAGUUUACAACUGGAUUGAUCACCUUUUAUAAUCUGAGGAUAGACCCUUUCGAGUUACGUAACAGAUUUUCUCAACUAAAACCAUCGGAAAAAUCGUAUUUAAAAGAUCUCUUAAAGAAAAUGGUGGCCUGUAAAGGAAAUCACAACUGUACCGAACAACUUGACUCAAGCAAUAUACGUUUUUAGCUGAAUCUAAACCAGAAUAUGGCGAAAAUCAUUAUUUUCCGUAGAGAUGUGUUUUUUUCAGAAAAUAUCGAUACAUAUCGAAAAGUUCGAUAUCGAUUUUUUGCCAUGUCGAUAUUAUUAUACAUCCCUAUUUUGUUAAAAAUUAGAAAAUCGUUUGUUUACGGUUUCAUUAUCGAGUUCUUUGAAUUAUUUCUUAGUGUGAAGAAGAAAUGAGAUUAAUAGAAGAUAUAUGAUAGGACAAAAUAGAAGAAAGUAUUAUGUUUAGCUUGUAGUUAAUUUAAGAACUGAAGAAACGAAAAAUACGCUUAUCUAGAUCGAUAUAUUUUAAUAUAUUUUAUGUAGUUUCUUUGCAAACGGCAAUAAAUCAUUUUUUUCUGUGUAAUCUAAUAUGUGUAAAUUGCAACGAAUAUUCAAUAUUUAAUUUUAAAUAAAACUAUUUAUGAUUGUUUUUUUUUCCAACCGAAAAAAAUAGAUUGAGAAUAAAAAAAUAUAUAUAUUUUUUUCUUACACCUGUAUGAUAAGAUGUCAGAAAUUAAUGUAUUUGAAAUAAAAAUAACAACUAUUUGUGAUAAUUCUAAAAAAUUAUAUUUCAUAUCUGUUUUAUUGUCAGGCAAGGUGUUAACUAAAGAAUAAUACCUAAUUAUGAUUUUAAAAACCUAAAUGUAAGAAAUUUAUACAAAAAUAGGAUGUGCAAUAAUUAUCUGUGCUUAUAUGGAA